AUGGAGGAGGCAGAGGAGCUACACCUGGAAGGAAAGAGAUCGCCGCUUGCCCCCGAGCCGCGCCCGAGCCCACACUCAGCAUGGACCCCUUCCGGAGAAGGCUGCGCUCAGAGUCUCAAGGACUUCCCACCGGAGUCGGCCCGCGCCAUACUCGCUCUAAAGAACCUCCCCCAGGGUUUGGCCCUUGGCCCCUCACUUGCCAAAGAGCAGCGCCUGGGAAUCUGGUGUGUCGGGGAGCCCCUGCAGCAGGGACUGCAGUGGGGGCCACUGGAAGAAAACUUUGUCUCCGAGGAGAAGGGCGAGGAAGUGGAAACCCGGCAGGAGGAGGACCUGUCACUCAGCCCAUGGCGAGAUGUCUGUGCCUGUGAGCAGAGUUCAGGCUGGACCAGUUUGGUGCAGCAGGGCAGGCGGGAGAGUGAGGGAAACGUGGCCCCAGUGCGGAUCAACGAGAGGCUCUACCUGCAGGUGUUCCGGGUUGUGCUGCCAGGUUUUGAGCUGGUGCUGUGGCCCCGGCCUCCCUCUGAGGACCCAGGUCCCACCCAGCCCAGGCUAGAGGAAGAGGCAGCCACGGCUGUGGUAACAGAAGUGGAGUCUGCCGUGCAGCAGGAAUGGGCCUCCCCUGGAGAGGAUGCAGCCGAGCCCUGCACAGAUCUCGGUCAUCAGUGGCACUCCAGUCUCCAGGCAGAGAAUACAGUGAGCCCUGGACUGAAACCCCAAACCCAGGACCACCUUCCCAUGGGUAGCCAAUCACUUGGCCUAUUGCUUCAUGAUGGCAGUGUGGACGAGGAGGACCCACCCCAGACACAGAUGCCUCCUGAACCUGAGAGCAGCCCAGCUGUACAGCAGGGCCCAGCGAGCAGUGAAACCAGUUCCUUCUCCUCUUGCAAAGUCACCCAGCUCCAUGCCUACGUGGCCAAGAAGUCCUGUAGCCCCAGUGAUCAACACCUAUCCAGAGCAAAGACCUCAGAGCCCAAGGACCAACAGGCCAAAGAGCCCCAGGACCCUGGCCUCCCUGCACCCUUGUGGAGCCCUUCUGGUCUGGCAGGCAGUGCUUCAAAGCAGGGGCGACGGUACCCAUGUGGGGAGUGUGGCAAGGCGUUCCUGCAGCUGUGCCACCUCAAGAAACACGCAUUCGUGCACAUGGGCCACAAGCCCUUCCUUUGCACCGAGUGUGGCAAGAGCUAUAGCUCAGAGGAAAGCUUCAAAGCCCAUACGCUGGGCCACCGUGGGGUGCGCCCCUUCCCCUGCCCACAGUGUGACAAGGCCUAUGGCACCCGGCGAGACCUCAAAGAGCACCAGGUGGUACAUUCUGGCGCCCGACCCUUUACUUGUGACCAGUGUGGCAAGGCCUUCGCCCGCCGGCCCUCCCUGCGGCUACAUCGCAAAACCCACCAGAUGCCAGCUGCCCCUGCCCCGUGCCCAUGCCCUGUGUGUGGGCGGCCUCUGGCCAAUCAGGGCUCCCUGCGGAACCACAUGCGGCUCCACACAGGGGAAAAGCCCUUCCUGUGCCCACACUGUGGCCGAGCGUUCCGUCAGCGGGGCAACCUGCGCGGGCACUUGCGUCUACACACAGGGGAACGCCCUUAUCGCUGUCCGCACUGCACAGAUGCCUUUCCCCAGCUGCCUGAGCUGCGGCGCCACCUCAUCUCCCACACUGGGGAGGCCCACCUGUGCCCCGUGUGUGGGAAGGCCCUCCGAGACCCACACACGCUGCGUGCUCACGAGCGCCUGCACUCGGGGGAGAGACCCUUCGUGUGCCCCCAGUGUGGCCGCGCUUACACCCUGGCUACCAAGCUGCGGCGCCACCUCAAAUCCCACCUGGCAGACAAGCCCUACCGCUGCCCCACCUGUGGCAUGGGCUACAGCCUCCCCCAAAGCCUCAGGCGGCACCAGGUCAGCCACCAGCCUGCGGCUCCCUCCAGCCCCCCCUCUGUGCCUUCUGCAGCUUUGGCACCCGCUGUGGUGCUGCUGCAGACUGAGUCCGAGCUGCUGGACGGAUCCAGCGACCAGGCAGCCUCCCCAGCCCGAGACGUCAUUGAGGUCACCAUUUCCGAGAGCCAGGACAAGUGCUUUGUGGUGCCGGAGGAGCCAGGCCCCACCCACAGCCUGAUGCUCAUCCAUAAGGACAUGGGCUUUAGUGCCUGGGCAGAAGUGGUGGAGGUGCAGACGGGCACCUGA